UGCAUCUGUCAUCCCUACACCCGGCGUUCUUCGAUCACAUAAUUAUGGUUUCCGCUAUGAGAUAAGGAAGACUAGCCACUGCUCAAAAUAAAGAAAGACAUUCCUGCAGAGAAAAAGGCAGUGCCAAGGUAAGGGCUGGGAAUUUGGUUCCGCAUAUUGUAUUCUCUUGACUUGAGAAGGUUGUUCGAUUUAAUUGGCUUAAAUUUAUACUCGAGCGGAGCACCCAGAAAGGCGCGCUGCAACUGGGAAAUUUCGUCUUUUUCACCUUAUGCGUGGAGCUAGAGGCAUGCUUCCCCACUUGACAAUCGAGCUUCUAAAGGGAAUCUAUCAUAAUGUGGAACCGAGAAAGUUCGACUACUUUUGUUUGUACCUGAUCAGGUGCAUUUCACGCUUCUACGAUUGAGUACGAAACUUAUUCACCUGAUCGUGUUUCGAAUUACGCCCCUCAAGGCACUCAUCACUCUUUGCUUUGGCUUUGAGCACGGCCAUAUUGACUUGUUUCGGAAAUAGCAGCAUCGGCUUGAGAAUUCUCUUAUUUCUUUCUCGGACCCAACCUUAGAAAAGAAAAGAAGAUCCUCUCAUCUGCUUCCUUACCAACUGCCCAUCUGGAAAACCGAUAUUCAAAUUCCCAGCUCGGCUUACGCGAUCGAUGAUUGUUAGAACUAUCUUCGCCCUGCUCAAGGCUAUCCGCUCUACUCACAUACCACCGACACAAUCGUCAAUUUCAUCACUCAGAAAAAGAGUCCACUAGCAAGACAAGAGGCUAGGUCAGUUCAAGAAAUAGAAGUGGAAGUUAAAAAAUAACACUUCCUUUCCCUUUUCCUUAACCUUCAACUAAGCUUGAAGACAUCAUCUACUUUUAUCCCCUAUAGGAUGGCAAUCUAGUGUAUGGUACUUUUAAGUAUGAAAUAUCGUAAGAGAAGAAAAGUGAUUUCACUAUGAAAUUAGACAACUAGGGAUCAAAAAAGUACUCUAACCAUCUUAGGAAAGUCAAUCACCAGUCCCCUAGAUCGCUAUCAGUUCAGUGGCUCUCUCUCUUUCUAUAUGAUAUUUGAAGAGAGGAUUAUUUAAGAAUCGAGUCUGUAAUAGCUGCACCUGCCGAUUCUUCUUCAAUUGCUAUUAGUUCUUUCUAGUUGUGGCCUAAACCUAAAGGAAUUAACUGUCAACGAAAGCCCCAAACCAUUCAACGGCAUUAGCGGUCUAGGCUCUGCUCUGAGGGAAGCUUCAUCUCACGAGCAUGAGACUAGGUUUACACUGAGAGCCUAACCCUAAUAAGGGACUACUUCAUUGAGACUGCUAUAAAGAUCAAUCUAGCGCUUACUAUAAGUCUAAGCACCUGUUGCAUCUUGGUAGUCAGAUAGAGACUAACUUGGAAAAUUCCUUCACCUUCGCUCCAACACUUGUUACAGCAUAAGGAGACCGGGAACUGCACACGCGUGUCCCGGGGGGCUUCCAGGCCGAGAGGCUGACCGAUUGUUUAGAAGAGAGGCAUGGAGGCGCCAAAUUGCCUGAAAUAUUCGCUAGUCUCCAAGAGAGAGGGCACCAUAGCCCCUACUUUCAGGAGGUACAAGCGGAUUUCCGAACCCUGCGUUCUUCGGGAGGUACGGAAAUGCAACUCCGCAGGGAGUGGCAGGGCCGAGGAUAAUAACCUCUCUUCCGAAGAAGUUCUUUCUUUCAUAUAUAUAGAGAGAUAGAAUCCGUGUCAUGAUUUAUGAGCUAAUGUGCCAUUUUUUCUUGCAUUUUCUCGGGAUUUUUAGAUGCAAUUGGAAUAUUAGAAUACAAAACUCCCAUGUCUUCCGUUGGUCAACAACCAACAAAAGGAAACUCUAGUUUUUCACUAAAAGUACAGGCUUGACGGAGUGAAGCUGUCUGGAGGGAAUGGAAGAAUUUAGAAAAAAAAAAAAUGCCUCAAUUGGAUAAAUUCACUUAUUUUUCACAAUUCUUCUGGUUAUGCCUUUUCCUCUUUAUUUUCUAUAUUCCAAUAUGCAAUAAUGGAGAUGGAGUACUUGGGAUCAGCAUAAUUCUAAAACUACGGAACCAACUGGUUUCACACCGGGAGAACAAGAUCCAGAGCAAGGACCCCAAGAGUUUGGAGGAUAUCUUGAGAAAAGGUUUUAGCACCGGUGUAUCCUAUAUGGACUCUACUUUAUUCGAAGUAUCCCAAUGGUGUAAGGCUGUCGACUUAUUGGGAAAAAGGAGGAAAAGAACUUUGAUCUCUUGUUUCGGAGAAAUAAGUGGCUCACGAGGCAUGGAAAGAAACAUAUUCUAUUUGAUCUCGAAGUCCUCCUAUAGCAAUCCUGGAUGGGGGAUCACUUGUAGGAAUGACAUAAUGCUAAUCCAUGUUCCACACGGCCAAGGAAGCAUUUAAAUAUCAUGGAUAAAUUCACUUAUUUUUCACAAUUCUUCUGGUCCCUCUUGACUUUCUAUAUCUAUAUUCUCUGGCUCAACAAACCUUUAUUUCUAUUAUUUUACUAAUAGAAGCCUUCGCCUCUUUUUGCUCCUUUUUCAAUAUCUUAUUAUGACCCUGUUUGUAAUAAGAUAUUCUAUUCUACUUUUGGGGAAUCUGCUCCAACUAGUGGAUUCCCUCUUUUUAUUCAUGAUUCCACAGGGCCAGGGGGGGCUCGCUCCCUAUGUUGUCCUGCCGAUGAAUCCGGGUGAACCUGCACCAGCACCUGCACCCGGAGAGCCCGUCAUCCCCCCGCUUCCAAAUCCUCCACCCCUAAUUCCCGAUCCCGAUAUGGUUCGUCUGAGAGAGUUAGAGGAUCGCCUCUCAAUCAAUUGAAUUGGAAAAAAUAUCACCAUGGAGGCGCAGAAUAAGAUCCUCGCAUACCAAAUGGGGAUAGAAAUGAGGGUUGAAGACGCUUUAGUUCAGGAUGACGUUUUACGCCCUUCCACUUUUUUUUCCCCACAUACGGGGCUUUCUUUUCUAUCCACGGGGGACUGCUCUCUCCGAAAAUACCUAUCCAAAUUUGAUUAACACUAUCGACAACGAUGGUAUUCGCGAGUGUGCUCCAUACAAGCGGGUUCUCCAAGCAAUAAGGGAAAAGAAUCUAGUCCUCUAAGGGGGGAGGGGGAGACUUGUAUUUCUCAUUCACAAAUCCAUCUUUCUUUAUGCUGCUAACUCUCAGUUUGGUCCUACUUCUGGUUCAUUUUGUUAC